UCCAGUUCAUCAUUCAGUCUUCAGCUCCUCGUUGAACAUCAAACAUGUCUACCUUCGCUUUUGUGUUCCUCUGCAUCCAAGCUUGCUUGGUCCAGCAUGUGUUCAGUCAGUGCACUAGCCCCGCUGCUGUUGUGGAGGCUCCCUUCGGUCUGGCCGCUCCUGGCUUAGCUGCUCGUGGUCUGGCUAGUCCUCUCGGCUGGGCUGCUCCCGGCCUGGCUGCCAACGGCCUUAUUGCUCCCGGCCUUGCUGCUCGUGAACUUAUUGCUCCUGGCAUUGCUUCUCCCUUCGGUUUGGCUUCUCCUUUAGCUUAUGAUGGUCUGGCCUACCCUGGUGCUGCUCCUUACGGCGGUGCUGGUGAAGGCAACGUGGCGGUCGCUGGGGAGCUGCCAGUAGCUGGUACUACCGCCGUCGCUGGUCAGGUCCCCAUCAUGGGCGCUGUGAGCUUUGGAGGCAUUGUGCCUGCUGCUGGCUCCGUCUCCAUCACUGGACAGUGCUCAUGCGGCUGCAAUGCACCCAUUUACUAUUGAUUUGGUUUAUAAAUACACAAAGUUUAAUUAAACAGACGUCUUUGAAAAUAAAAUGUAUACUGUCUAGCAAAAGUAUAUUGCAGUUUUCUUUUACUC